GCAAAUCGGCUUAAAGUUUGAAACACCAACGUCUUAAUCAAGAAUCUCAGAGCAAGUGUGAGAAAGUCGAACGAACGAGAAAGCUGAGAAAAUAUUUUCUCCUGCAGGAACUUAAUUCAGAAAUUGCGAGACAAGUACAAAUGGCAGCACGAACUGGUCGUUUGCUUCAAGAUCCGAAUCUUGGUAUCCAGAUGGAUGGAGCAACUAUUUGUGCCAAGGCAAAUUAUACAGGACAGAGGAAGGUAGGGGCUGGUGGGAGAAAACCACUCGGUGAUUUAUCUAACUCAGAGAAGCUUUCUACUCAAGGAGGUGGAAGGAAGGCACUGGAUGCAUUAAACUCAGGCAAACAACUGAAGUCUAAGGAGCUUGCUACUAUGAAAGAAGAAGUUGUUCCUGUCAAGAUAAAAAAACUUGAGAGUAAAAGAUCUGCUCCCAAAGCUUCAGGGAAGUUACCCAGUGGUAACAGGAAAGCACUUUCUGACAUUUCCAACGUUGGGAAGAUUAAAAAUAAAAGUAGCCAGAAGCCAAGUGCCUUGGCAGAGGAACAUCUUCGUCUCAAUGCAAUUGCUGAAGAACAAUGCCUGCACAAUCAUCAAGAGUGUAUCAAAUCACAAACUGAAGAUAUGGGUUUGCACAAUUUGUUAAAGAGUCUUGGUCUUGAAAGUGAUUCAGAUGAGAAGUUGGCGUUUUCUUCUGAAGUUCAAGCAUUUACUAAACUCAAGCCCAAGAGUGAUCUGCAAUGCUUGGAGUUGGAAGAGGUUCCUGAGAAAUUGCCUGAAGUGGAGUUAUCAAGCAAAGAGCCAUCUUUAGCAACUCAGCAUGCCUCUCCAGCACGCUGCAAGUCUCCAAAAAUCUCGAGUUGCUAUAAGAUGUCGGAGGACUUUGAUGUCAAUUUCAAGUUGAUAGAGACACCAAAGCCAUCUAAGUUUUAAUUUUACUAUCAAUCGUGUAAAAAUUGCUUGAUGUCUCUUUUCUGCCACUGAUGUGAUGGCAAUUAUGUGUCUAUUUUGUACGAUGACCUUAACUUUCCUUUAGCUAGUAAGAUUUAGUAUGAGCGUUAUUAAUUUUUCUCCCGAAGGUUGUUCUUAUCACAAUCUUCUUAUAGCCUUGAAAGAGGAAAUCAUGCGAAUGUCCUUAACUUUUGACUCGGA